CUACUUCCAUAUUAAUACUGAAUGAGCAGCGCUUAUAACCGCCAUAAUAAUGUGUGCGGUGCUACGAUCACCACUUUUUGCAUCUGCGCGGAAUCCGACUCGUGUGAACAGGGUUUACGUCAUUGCUCGAAUUGGCAAACUAUAUAAGCCUAGAUGCAUUGCUGGAACCACGGUCUAGGUUAGGACUAGGAAAUAUCUUCUAAGUUUUUCCGCCACUUUCAGAACGUCAGAUAUGGAAGACGAUAUCCACUCAAAGAAUGUCGUUAACCAAACGAAGACGAGCGGAGAAGUGGCUCCCACAGAUCUGGCAUACCAAGGGAAACACGGAACUUCGGAAACAUUCCAGUUAGAUGAACAAGGUGGAGUAGCCGGCGUCUCUGAACUCGAGGAUUUCCUGGAAAUAAUCAACCCCCUUGGACGAUGGAACAUAACAACGCUGGCAUUUAGCUGUAUGGUUUUUUUCAUCCUGCCACUUCAAACAGUCACCUACCAGUUCCUCGGGGAUACGCCAGAGCACUGGUGCCACGUUGCACCGCUGACAGAAGCCAACUGGACACAACAGCAGAUCAGAGCUCUGGCCAUUCCGUUAUCUAGCAACGACACUUACGAGAAAACCUGCAAAUUCUACAACUACAAUUACACGAAAGCCGUCGAACUCGGCUACGAAGCCGCCGUGGAAAGCCGGGGUUCGAUCUCCAUCGGGGACGGAAGCCCCAUUUCCUGUCAGACCCGAGACUUCAACGUCAGCCAUUACAGCCUGACGCUCGUUGCCGAGUGGGAUCUGGUAUGCGGGGACAGAGCUCUCUACUCGACGACCCAGUCUGCAGCCCAGUUUGGGAUCCUUCUCGGAGACCUGGUAUUUCCGUACUUCAUGGCUAAGUAUGGCCGCAAACCAGUCAUACUUGUUUGCUCAGUCCUGAGUAUCCUGUGCGCCCUUGGAGCAGCUAUAUCUCCCGUGUAUUCCCUCUACGUUCUCUUCAGAAUUACAGUCGCUUUCUUCGUCAUUGGCUGUUGCACAGCAUGCUUUUUGUAUGCUGUGGAAGUGUGCUCUCACAGCCAAAGAUCAACUUUUGGAAGCAUAGGCGGCAUUCCUUGGGCGAUCGGAUUUUUGGUAGUGCCCGGCAUCGCCUAUCUCAUCAGACCAUGGAGGUGGAUGCAGGUGGCCUACACAGUCCCUCUGCUACUGACCAUUGCAUACUACUGGGUCAUAGAGGAAUCACCGCGCUGGCUCAUAUAUAAAGGUCGGUACGAAGAAGCCAAGGAGAUAUUCUCGAAGGUUGCCAGAAUAAAUGGUCGUGCCUUUCCGCCCUCGGAGGCUGUCGUUAUUUCCAUGAAGAAGAUGACCCCUCCAAAGGAACCCAAAAUUGAAGAGGCCUUGUCUCGACGAAUCGUCAGAAACCUCAAGGAAUACUUCAUCCUGAUACUAGAGCGAGAGCACAGAACGAAGAUUUUGAUUAGCUACUUCUGCUGGUGCACCGUUUCUAUGGUAUACUACGGCAUCUCCUUGAACUCAGACAACCUUAGCACCGACCCAUACUUGUACGUGGCCCUUGGGAGCUUGGCCGAGAUUCCUUGUUUCCGAUUUCGUGGGUCCUGAUGGUGUACAUCGGCAGGAGAAUCAGCUUAGCCGCCUGUUUCUGGGUGUCCGGCGUGGCUAUCUGCAUCGUGGCUAUCCUUGUAGCCGCUAUGGAAGAAGUGCCCUUCGCUUUGCUGAUGACGUUCGCGAUGACGGGAAAGAUAGCGAUCUCAGCAGCUUACGUCAUCUUCUACCUUUACACGGCUGAACUCUUCCCGACUCGCUACCGCGCUCUGGCGGUCGGUCAGUCUGGCGUCAUGGCUCGGCUGGGGAGCAUCAUGUCGCCUUAUAUCAAUGAUAUUUUGGGAAUGGCGAUCGUUUGGGCACCUUCAGUGCUGUUCACGCUGGCAUCGGUCCUAUCGGCAAUCCUGUGCCCAUUCCUGCCGGAGACGAGAGAUGCCAUCACGGAGGAGAGGGGGGCGUCGUUGUCCUCAUCCAAGGCGGAAAAAGGAGAAGAAGAUGGAGGAGGAAGGGGAGAUCCAGAGGACGUCAAACACAGGACGGAAGGACCAUCUGUCAACGAAGGUUUCCAGGAGGACUGAUUUCUGGUAACUUCUACCCUGACAGAGCUCUGGGUAGUCUGUAACUCUUCCAACUCUUCUUCCAUGUUAACUCAGCCUGUCAUGAAUUUCACCUAUAAGUAGUACUACUGCUACAACUUGUAUGUCGGGUCACAGCAGGUCCUGUGGCAGGCAGGUAUGAAGAGGAACCCUAAGAUAGUUUAGGCUAGUAUUAUUCAAGCAAGUGCCCUGCAAUACCAUUUACCCAGGGUUCAGGGGAUGUCCUGAUAGGAUGCGACAUCCCAGGUUAAGUUGGAUUAGAAUGUGUCUAAAGGUGAGUUUACACUAGA